GGGCUCUCGGGUUGGCUGGGUCGCAGUCGGGGGCUCGCUCUGUGGCGGCUGCAGAAGGUCAGGCUCUUCGGGAGUCGCCUCGGCUAAGCUUCCUCUUGCAGCACGGCCACGCUUGUCUGUCCCGGCGCCCGUAGUGCCCCCGUGCCCCAACCGCGAAUCGAACCUCUCUGGCUUCUCGUCUGGGCGCUUAGGUGUAGCCGAGACGCGGGCACCGCAACGCCUCAGAGGGAAGGGUUCCGGAAGCCCGCGGGGCUGGAAGUGAGAAGCUUCACCCGCCCGGACGGGCUCCUUCGAAUUCCGAUUGUGCCUCAAGGUUUGGCCCGAGCCCCACCGCGUAGGGGCAGCCUUCUGUGUUUCGUCUGCCCUCGGGGAUUUCUCUUCCUGAUCUCCCUCUUCGGGCGCUUUGUUUUGGUCAUUGUCUUCACGCGUCGGAGUCUUACCUCUUGGGCCAAGUUGUGAGUGCUUAGGCGUUUCAGGACCCGGGUCCCCUCUUUUUCUCGAAUACUGUUCAGGGUCCAUUCGGUGUCUCCCGUUACAGUGUAUGCUCCCUUUUAGGUAUUUGCUGUUUCUUACUUUUGACUCUUGAUGAAAAUAAGUGUUGGAAAUCCCUUAGGUUGCACUUUUGUUGACUUUUUUUGCAGAGUUGGUGCUUAGGUCAUCUAAUCCUUAGAAGCAAAGGUACACUUGUUGAGUUCUAGCAAUGUAUUAUGCUAGGUAUUUUAAUAUCGAUUAUCUAUUUUAAUCCUUAAAUCAAUUCAUCGAGGUAGUUAUAAUUUUUCCUAUGCCACGUUGGGGAAAUUGAGGCUGAAGUGAUUUGCUCAAAGUCAGGUAGCUAAUAAAUGUUGGAGCUGUCUGUCUAACUGUGCGGAAUCCGGUCACUUGUGGCUGUGAUGUUGGCAUCCCAGUUUACAUUUCUGAAACAGGUUCAGAGAAGCUAAGUGAUUUGUCUGAAAUAAAGUAGUAAGUUACAGAUUUACUUAAACAUUAAAGAGCUCACAUUAGAUGUGUGCUGGCGCCGUGGAUAGACCUGAACAAGGGACAGGCCAGCCCACAGCUUAAUUGGAGAAACUGACAAAAUAAUUAAUUCAUAAAACGUGUUCUGGUUAUUGUGUAUACAGAUAUGACAACUAUGGGAAGGAGAAAGUCAGACAAGAACAGGUAAGACAGACAGUUAUAGGAAUUAAAAGGGAGCCAGACUGCCUGGGUUUGAAUUCUGUCUCCAUCACUUCCUAGCGUUGUAACCUUGGGUGAAUCACUUAACACUCUGAGCCCAUUUUCUCAUUUGUAAAAUGGAGAUAAUAAAUGGUACUUACUCUGCAGCCGAUCAUGGGGAUGGCACAGGACCGGGCAACGUUUUGUUCCAUCGUGCGUGGGGUUGGCAUGAGCUGAGGACUCACACCAUGGCCGCUAACAACAACCUCAAUAGGGUUGUUGCAUUCGUGAGUUUUCAUAAGUGUAAAACUCUUGGAGCAGUGCUUGGCAUGUAGUAAACACUUAAUAGAUGUUAGAUUAUUUUAGGCAGAGCAGAAUCAUUGAGAUAGGAGACUUGAACAGAGACAGCUGGCCCCGUGCCCUUACCAGUGCACAAAUUGCCUCAUUUGCUUUCUCUGCCUACAGAAAGUGGAACGAUGGCCCUGUAGUCAUUCUGCUCCAACAGCUCUGCAGGGUUGAAACAAGCAGGCACAAGGAGAGGAAUUAAAGAAAGUUGGGAGACAGUGAAAGAAGGAGUCAGGGAGCUUUGCCUAAGUUUCAGGUCAUUCUAGAUGUCUAAUUGGCCUGCCUCGUGAGUCUUACCCACAGUCUGACAACAGGGAUGCAUCUAGGAUAUUUGUACUCAGCGUUAUGUUUGGCACAGUAUAGGAAUGCAGACAGGUGUGCUAGGGUGUCUACCCAGAAGCAGCUUAUACUGCAGUUGGGUAGACGAGAAUGGAACACAUAAAAUGACCAUGAGUGACCCUGGGCAACAUAAAAUUAGAGGUGAGAUUUUAUGGUGUCAACUCUGCCAGCCAAAGGAGCAAGAGUAAUCACCGAGGUGUAGGGUAGUUUAGCAAGUCUUCUGGAAUGUGAUCAUAUCCUGGUAUUUAUUGGACAUCCAGGGUGUACAGAGCUCUGUGUUGACAGAGACUGAGAAUUUCCUAGUCUAGGGGAAACAGACAUUCCAUUGGAUUGUAACAAUGCGGGUGUGUACAGAGUGCUGUGGAGGCAGGAGGUGGGAUAUUCCAGCUCUGCCUGGGUGAACUGGGAAAGAGGUGGCCAAGAAGGGGACAUUUGGGCUUGAAGUGUGAGUUGCUUUGUCAGAGAAUUUUAGAAGAAUGUAGUGGAGCCCUGGUGACGCAGUGGUUAAGAGCUCAGCUGCUAACCAAAAGGUCAGCAGUUUGAAUCCACCAGCUGCUCCUUGGAAACCCUAUGGGACAGUUCUGCUCUGUCCUAUAGGGUUGCUAUGAGUCAGAAUUGACUUGACAGCAAUGGGUUUUGGGUUUAGUGUGUUUAGGGACAGGGAUGAUUGAAUCAGAGAGGAAACCAGAGAAGCAGCAUGGUGUGGGGCAAAGAGCGUGAGCUUUGUAUUGGGAUUGGAACACCUUUAUACCAAAUGAGAUACAGUGUGCUGAGGACUCAUCACAGGAGUGACACACAGUAGGCCCUCAGUACAUGUUAACUUUUUUAUCCAGACCCCGUGGAACGGAACCUCCUGCUGAGAAUUUAAAUUUCCAACAAGUUCCCAGGUGAUGCUAAUGCUGCUGGUUAGGGACCAAGUCUGAGAGCCACUAGUAGAGCAGUGGUUCUCAAAAUUUAUUAUACGAAGGAAUCACCUGGGGAUUUGUUAAAAUGUAGAUUCAGAUUCAGUAUAUCUGAGGCAGAAAUGCAAAUUCGCGCAGCAUGGGUUUGAACUGGAAUGAACCGGUUCAGAGCCCUGCAGUGAGGCCCCUUUGAGAAGGGCUUUGCAUUGCCAUACUAAGUGGACUUGAUCGUGAAGGUAGUAGGAGUCAGAGGAGGUUUGGGAUUUUAUUUCUGGCUUGGGAAGGCUUUCCCUACUUUUCCUAGCCAAACAUCAUAAAAGUAGUCUACGUUGUCUCCUAAUAGGACUUCUCUGUUGGUCUAAGGGGCACCUAGCGAACCAGUGUACACCCCAGAGUGUCAAGUGUGACUGGGACUCUAAGGAGGGGAAAGGCUAAGGAUUGAAGAGGGGUUUUUGUGGUCAGUACUUAGGUAUUACGCAUUGCCGUCGAGUCCAUUCCAACUCAUAGCAACUGUCAUGGAUUGAAUUGUGUCCCCCAAAAGUAUGUAUAUCAAUUUGGCUGGGCCAUUAUUCCCAGUAUUGUGUGAUUGUCUACCAUUUUGUCAUCUGAUGUGAUUUUCCUUUGUGUUGUAAAUCCUGCCUCUCUGAUGUUAAUGAGGGGGGCUAGGCAGCAGUUGUAUUAAUGAGGCAGGACUCAAUUUGCAAGAUUGGAUUGUGUCUUGAGCCAAUUUCUUUUGGGAUAUAAAAGAGUGAAGUGGGCAGAAAGACAAGGGGACCUCAUACCACCAAGAAAGCAGUGCCUGGAGCAGAGCACAUCCUUUGGACUGGAGGUUCCUGCGCUGAGAAGCUUCCAGACCAAGGGAAGAUUGAUGACAAGGACCCUCCUCCAGAGCCAACAAAAAAAGCCUUCCCCUGGGGCUGAUGCCCUAAAUUUGAACUUGUAGCCUACUAGACUGUAAGAAAAUAAAUUUCUCUUUGUUAAAGCUAUCCUCUUGUGGUAUUUCUGUUAUAGCAGCGCUAGAUGACUAAGACAGUGAUCCUUUAGGACAAAGUAGAACUGCCCCAUAGGGUUUCCAAGGAGUGGUUGGUGGAUUUGAACUCCUAGCCUUUUGGUUAGCAGUCGUAGCUCUUAACCACUGUGCCCCGCACUUAGGUAUAGUAGGUUCAAAAGCCUGUACUCGUAGGCGCGGAUAUUACAGUUGUCGUAUUUUCUGGAUUUUUUUCCCUUUCAGUAUUUAGUAGAGGCCUUUUUCAGAGUUCCUGUCUGUCUUAGAAAACCCUAGUGGUGCAGUGUUAAGAGCUACAACUGCUAACCAAAAGGUCAGCAGUUCGAAUUCACCAGGUGCUCCUUGGAAACUCUCUGGGACGGUUUUCCUCUGUCUUAUAGGGUCACUGUGAGUCAGAAUUGACUAGAUGGCAAUGGGUUUGGUUUUGGUAUGUCUGGGGUGGGCCGAAGGGAGCAGUGCUCCACCCUCUUCCAGGGAUCACUAUAGUAGGGAUAGCAGGAGUCAGUGAGAAUCCCCAGGAAGAAACUGACACUUAGGGGACAGAGUCAGGGCUUCUUAGUGUCCCCUCUCUCCCCGCAGAACUUUUGCUUGCAGUCAUCCUCCGCUGCUCUGUGUUUUGUUUUAAUGAGGGAAACUCUUCUUUUAUUCCAGUGUUCCUCCAAGUAUGCUCUUGGAACUGCCUGCAUCAGAACUACAUCGGUGCUGAGUUAAACAGGCAGAUUUCUAGGCUUGACCCCAGCCUUCCUCAAUCUGGCGGUCCAGGGGAGGGGCUGUGGGGAUCUGCAUUUGUAUGCAUGUUAAAAAUUGAGACCUUUUAGUUUUUCAUUCAGCUUUCUUCAGCAAGUUUUUUUUACGUGCCUAAGCACUGUAUGGAGCCCUGGUGGCACAGUACUUAAAAGCUUGGCUACUAACCAAAAGGUCGGCAGUUCAAGUUCACCAGCUGCUCCUUGGAAACGCUAUAGGGCAGUUCUACCCUGUCCUAUAGGGUUACUAUGAGUUGGAAUCGACUGGAUGGCAACAGGUCUGGUUUUUUGGAAGCGCUCUAUAGGCACCAGAGAUGCAGUAUAAGGUAGACAGCUAUGAUCUCUGCAUUCAUGGAGCUUUUGUUCCAAGGUAAUCUACCUUUUCGUCCAGAGUGUAUUCGGGGAGUGGUGGAAUAAACAACUGGCCAGGUAAGGCAAAGACUGAUUGUGUGGCACUUUGACAGUUUGGCAGGGGAGUUAUGACACGAAGCAGUAAGAAAUAAGGGGCUUCUGGGCAAAUACGUAGGCUGUGUAGAGUAGAAAGAAUAUAGACUUUGAGUUGUCCAGACCUGACCGUGCUACACCACUAGCGUGCGGCCCUAGGCAGGUUGGUUAACGUCUUUAACUGGGUUAAAAAUAAUGCGUGCCUGAUAGGGUAGUGUUGGGGAUUAAACAACAUAAUUAAGCAAGGCCCUUAGUAUGGUGGUUGGCAUAUAGUAAGUGUGAAAUUAAAAACAUAAAGAGUUGUCAUCCCCGUUUUUGCAGAUGAGGAAGUUUAGGAGUAGAAGGGUUAAGGGACUUGGCCGAGUCACACAGUUAGUAGAUGAGGGACAGUGGAGCAGGGAUUUGAACUUGGGUUCCUCUCCAAAGCCAUCUCUCUGAACCUCAGCACUGUACUGCCUGCCACAGAAAUAAUUCCUUCUGGGUGGCGUUGCUCUGAAGCUUAAUGAGAAAAUGUCUGGUAAAGUGCCUCGCUCAGUGCCUGGCACAUGCUUAAUAAUGUUAGUUUUUGUUCUCUCUUCCCAAGAACACCAGACAACUUCCAGGAGUUUGAGGAACUGCUACUUCACUUUUACAAAAAAGUACUCGGUCCUUAGGGUUAUUGGAAAAACGCCUGCCGAUUCUAGGCAGGCUGCUGCCCUGGCUCUUGACUUGCAGCGGGACUCGGGUGGAAUCCUUGCAGCUGUGGAUUUCUUCUUCUUGCUCUAGGGCGAAGGCCAUGCCGCCCCCUGGGAAAGUUCCCCGAAAGGAGAACCUGGGGCUGCAGUGUGAGUGGGGGUCCUGCUCCUUUGUGUGCUCGGCCAUGGAGGAGUUCUGUGAGCACGUCACUCAGCACCUGCAGCAGCACCUGCACAGCUCCCAGGAGGAGGAAGAGGAGGAGGAGGAGGACCCCCUCGAGGAAGAAUUCUCCUGCUUGUGGCAGGAAUGUGGCUUUUGUUCUCUGGACAGUUCUGCUGACCUCAUCCGCCAUGUCUACUUCCACUGCUACCACACCAAGCUGAAACAGUGGGGGCUGCAGGCCUUGCAAAGCCAGGCUGACCUCAGCCCCUGCAUCCUGGACUUCCAGAGCCGGAAUGUCAUCCCUGACGUCCCUGACCACUUUCUGUGUCUGUGGGAGCAUUGUGAGAGCUCCUUCGACAAUCCCGAGUGGUUCUAUCGGCACGUGGAAGCGCACAGUCUGUGCUGUGAAUACCAAGCUGUUGGCAAGGACAACCAUGUGGUGCUGUGUGGCUGGAAAGGGUGUACCUGUACCUUCAAGGACCGCUGUAAGCUUCGAGAGCACCUCCGCAGCCACACCCAGGAGAAGGUGGUGGCCUGCCCCACAUGUGGAGGCAUGUUUGCCAACAACACAAAGUUCUUAGAUCACAUCCGUCGUCAGACCUCAUUGGAUCAGCAACGCUUCCAGUGCUCUCACUGUUCCAAGAGAUUCGCCACGGAGCGGCUGUUGCGAGACCACAUGCGUAAUCACGUGAAUCACUAUAAGUGCCCUCUGUGUGACAUGACUUGCCCGCUGCCUUCCUCCCUUCGCAACCACAUGCGCUUUCGCCACAGUGAGGACCGGCCCUUUAAAUGUGACUAUUGUGACUACAGCUGCAAGAACCUGAUUGACCUUCGGAAGCACCUAGAUACCCAUAGCAAGGAGCCAGCCUAUAGGUGUGAUUUUGAGAGCUGUAACUUCAGUGCCCGAUCCCUGUGCUCCAUCAAAUCCCAUUUCCGCAAAGUACAUGAAGGAGACUCAGAGCCAAGGUACAAAUGUCAUGUGUGUGACAAAUGCUUCACCCGGGGCAACAACCUCACUGUGCACCUUCGCAAGAAGCACCAGUUCAAAUGGCCCUCAGGGCACCCCCGUUUUCGGUAUGGCCAUUUUAGCCUCCCUCUGCCUGUGUUUACUAGCCAUUAUGCUCCUGCUUCACCAGGUACAAGGAGCAUGAAGAUGGCUACAUGCGGCUGCAGCUGGUUCGCUAUGAGAGUGUAGAGCUGACACAGCAACUGCUACGGCAGCCGCAAGAGGAAUCGGGCCUGGGAGCUUCGGUGAAUGAGAGCAGCCUGCAGGGCAUCCUUCUAGAAACAGUGCCAGGGGAGCCAGGA